UCCCGGCGCGCCCCUCCCGGCUCCCCCCCAAAAAAAGUUGGAGUCGCGGCUGCCGGGGUUGCCAGCCGAGUCGCGCGCCGGGAGCUCCGCAGGACAGAGAAGUUAUGGCUUCUCCGUCCAAAGGCAAUGAUCUGUUUUCGUCCGAUGAGGAGGGCCCGGCCGUGGUGGCCGGGCCGGGCCCGGGGCCUGGGGGCGCCGAGGGAGCCGGCGAGGAGCGCCGCGUCAAGGUCUCCAGCCUGCCCUUCAGCGUGGAGGCGCUCAUGUCGGACAAGAAGCCGCCCAAGGAGGCGUCGCCCCUGCCGGCCGACAGCGCCUCGGUCGGGGCCACCCUGCGGCCGCCGCUGCUGCUGCCGGGACACGGCGCCCGGGAAGCGCACAGCCCCGGGCCUCUGGUCAAGCCCUUCGAGACCGCCUCGGUCAAGUCGGAGAACUCAGAGGACGGCGCGGCGUGGAUGCAGGAGCCCGGCCGAUACUCGCCGCCACCCAGACACAUGAGUCCUACCACCUGCACCCUGAGGAAGCACAAGACCAAUCGGAAGCCACGCACUCCCUUCACCACCUCCCAGCUCCUGGCUCUGGAGCGCAAGUUCCGUCAGAAACAGUACCUCUCCAUCGCCGAGCGCGCCGAGUUCUCCAGCUCGCUGAGCCUCACAGAGACCCAGGUCAAAAUCUGGUUCCAGAACCGAAGGGCCAAGGCAAAAAGACUGCAGGAGGCAGAACUGGAAAAGCUGAAAAUGGCCGCGAAACCCAUGCUGCCCUCGGGCUUCAGCCUCCCCUUCCCCAUCAACUCGCCCCUGCAAGCCACGUCCCUUUACGGAGCCUCCUACCCGUUCCAUAGAGCUGUGCUCCCCAUCCCGCCCGUCGGACUCUACGCCACGCCAGUGGGAUACGGCAUGUACCACUUGUCCUAAGGAGGCGCUCAGCCACAGACUCCAGGCUGGCUGUUGACGCCUAGGGCUCCCUCUCCGUCUCCAGCAAGGCCGCCGCCACCACCCAGCAGCUCCCGAUCUGUGAGCCCCGUGCCCCACCCCGAGGGGCCGGGGCCCACCCCACAUAGCUGGAAUUCAUUCUCUGGCUGAGACACCAAUCAGGUCCUGUUCGCUUGGUGUCAUCUUCCUGACGCCCCCAACUCCCUUUACAAAGAUUGGCUGGCUGUUUUUAUAUAUAAGUGUAUACAUCUAUAUAAAAUGAAAUAUAAAACACUUUUAUACAACAGACGUAAAAAAAUUCAAAUUAUUUUGAAAGGCAAAAUUUAUAUGCAUAUAUAUAUCUAUCUAUACUUUUCCUCUAUAGUUCAUCGUCUUAAAAGAGACUGCGUAAGUCUGUGGCAUUUUUCUCAAAGGGGGGAGACUGAUGAUUUGGGAAAUUGGCUAAAAUAUGGCAUUUUUGAUAGGGUCAUUGACUGUUGCUUAUGGAAAACAAACACUAGCCAUAGACACAAUGCGCGUAGGAAGUAGAUAGGGGGCAUAUCCCACGUUUGCGUUGUACAUGCACACCACUCAUUAGGUAUUCGGCCCUAGUUGUUUUUCUCUCUUCACGUUGUUGAAGUUUGACUUGUUUUGUUGUUUUUUAAGAUCAGUAGCUGAGGUGAGCAGCAUCCUGAGAAUGCCUCGGGGCGGGUAGAAAAUGGGAAUCCUCCUUAAUUCCUCCCCGGGCGACUGUUGCUUAACUGCCUUUCAGAUGAUUGGAGUCAGAAGUUAAAGCACGCAGAGAUGCUAGGUACUGCAAUCCUCACACAUUGCAAACAGUGAUUUUUUUUUAGGGGGGAGGGAGAGAGUGUAGUACUUUUUGCUUAAAAAGAUGAAUAUCUUGUAACCGUGACCUACAUACUAAAUAUUCUUGAAUAGAUCCAGAAAGGAAAAAAAUCAUGCUUUCUCUGUGUGUACCUAUUGUAUGUGCUGACCUUAUUAGAAACGUUUAUACACUUUUUAACACGUUGGGGGCGGAAGGUAAAGCCAUGUUUUGACUUGCUAAAGAUGGUGUUGUCAGACAACCCACUUAGCUCCCCGGUAUGUCACCUCCCUGCCCCUAUCUCCUCUCCCGCCAGUAUACAUUUUAUCCCUUUGAAAGGGUACCUUGUACAAUUUUAUAUAUUUUAUUGAAGAGUUAUUUCUUAUCUCUUAUUCUGAAUUAAAUUAAACGUUUUAUGCCAUAAA